AUGGGAGAGGACAACAGUCACUACUGCCUGGCUGGCUGUCUAAGGUUCAUCGGAUCCGCUGAGCUAGGUUCGGCUUCUGAGUCAUCUUUCGUAGAGCACAGCACAAUUUGUGGUCAGCCAGCUCUGGAAGGCUUGGUGUUUUACCGCACGAUUUCCACAUCAGCAGAUCCGAUCGUAAACUUCACGGUUAGACUUGAAGAUGAGGGAGUUUAUUGA